AUGAAACAGCUGGUUUUCUCAUCACAGGGAAUACCUUUCAACCCGCCCAAUGUGUCCAUGUUCACACAGUCGUUGGCUCCUCCUUCAUCAUCAUCAUCCUCAGAGAACCACACAAAACCCCUGGACUCUGUGGAGGAGGUGAGGGACAGGAGGCCCCUGGACUCUGUGGAGGAGGUGAGGGACAGGAGGCCCCUGGACUCUGUGGAGGAGGUGAGGGACAGGAGGCCCCUGGACUCUGUGGAGGAGGUGAGGGUCAGGAGGCCCCUGGACUCUGUGGAGGAGGUGAGGGACAGGAGGCCCCUGGACUCUGUGGAGGAGGUGAGGGACAGGAGGCCCCUGGACUCUGUGGAGGAGGUGAGGGUCAGGAGGCCCCUGGACUCUGUGGAGGAGGUGAGGGACAGGAGGCCCCUGGACUCUGUGGAGGAGGUGAGGGUCAGGAGGCCCCUGGACUCUGUGGAGGAGGUGAGGGACAGGAGGCCCCUGGACUCUGUGGAGGAGGUGAGGGGAGGCCCCUGGACUCUGUGGAGGAGGGACCUGUCCCGUAACCGGAUUGGCUGCCUGGUGCCCGGGGCGUUGGUGGAUCUGAGCAGCCUCUCCAAACUGAAUCUCUCCGGAAACAUCUUCUCCACCCUGAGCCCGGGACUCUUCAGGCACCUGACGGCUCUCAAAGUGCUACACUUUAAGACAGAAAGCCUGUUCUGUGACUGUCAGCUGCAGUGGCUUCUGCUUUGGGCCAAGUCCAAGUCGGUGCGGAUCGGAAACGACACCACCUGCUCCUUCCCCACCCACCUGCACGGGCUGGAGUUCAGGAACCUCAGGCAGCAGCAGCUCCAUUGUGAUCGGGCUGAUCACGUGGAGCCCUUCAGCCCAGCGCCGCGCUCUUCAACCUCAGACACAAAGGUUUCCAAAGGUUUCCAAAGGUUUCCAAAGGUGUCCGUUUUUUACAGAGACACGUGGGAGAUAAUAGCAAUCCAUCCUCCUCCUCCCGAGACGCUUCAUUAG